AUGGCUGGGAAGGUGGCACUGCUCCUGUGGGCCCAGGCCCUUGGCCUCGCUGGUGCCCAGACCACCCAGCUGCUCGUGGAGCCCCCCUGGAGGCUGGCGGUGCUGUGGGACCAGGUGACACUGACCUGCCAGGGCUCAGGGACCGCUGGUGCCACCACCUGGUACAAGGACGGGAGGCCGAGGUGGCAGCAGGGACGCGACCAUGUCACUGUCACCGAGAGUGGCACCUACACGUGCGAGAGACUCGGCAGCGGGCUCAGCCCCCCCCGACCCCUCUGUUCCCCACACUGGCUGGUGCUGCAGGUGCCAGCACGGGCACUGCUGGAGGGAGACACAGUGACACUGCGCUGCCGGAGCUGGAAGAACAAACCAUUCACAAGCGUGUACUUCCACCACGAUGGGAAGAAAUGGGAGGGGUUCCCCUUUGUGACCAUGCUCUCCCUGUCCCCCCUGUUGCUGCACCACAGCGGCCGCUACCGCUGUGGCAGCUGGGUUGUGUCACAGUGGAAGGAGUCGGAGCUGGUGACAGUGACAGUGCACAGGGUCCCGCUCUUGGGGGUGUCCCUGUCAGUGCAGCCCCCUGGGGAACAGGUGGUACUCGGGGACAGCCUGGUGUUGAGCUGCACAGUGGCUACAGGGACAGGUCCCCUGUCCUUCUCCUAGCACCAGGAGGGCUCAGGGGCACUGCUGGGCACUGGCCCCCACCUGGAACUGUGCCAUGUUGGGGACAAUGACAGCGACCAGUAUCAAUGCCGGGUCAGAGAUGGGGACAGUGUGGCUGAGAGUGACCCCCUGAAUGUCACCGUCCUGGUGCCUGUGGCCAAUGCCACCAUCACCCCCGGUCCCCAGUCACACCAGGUGCGCGCAGGUGACAACAUGACCCUGCGCUGCUCAGUGCAGGUGGGCUCAACCCCUGUCACCUUCACCUGGCUGCACAACAGGCAGGAGGUGGCUCGGGGUCCCCUCCUGGAUCUCAGGAACGUCAGUGUGGGACAUUCAGGCACCUACCAGAGUGUGGCCACCAACCAACUGGGGCAGGACGGGAACCGCGUGUUCCAGGCACUCAGCCUGGAACUGGCUCUGAUGGUGACCCCCAGGGUUCAGGGUGACCCUGAUGUGUCCCCUCUAUCCCCAGCAGUGGCUGUGAAUGUCAGCAGGACCCUCCUGUUCCUGCUCCUGCUCCUGCUCCUGGCUGUCAUUGGGGGCUGUCACUGGUGGCACCACUGGCGUGGGUGCCAGGAAGCUCCAAGUCAAACACCACCCCACAUGCCUUAUCCCCACAGGACACCCCCGGAGGCAGGGGCUCUGCUCAACACCCACGUCCCCACAGGUGCCUCCAGCCUCAUCGUGCUGUUCGACGAUGUCACCAAUGUCACCACUGCCCCCAGAGCACUUCCCUCACUCAGGGACAAACCCAAAACCAUCUGGAUCAUCACCAGGGACCUGAUCUGGGAGCUCAUAAUUCUCAGGGAUUGGCCCCCAGCCUCACUCAUCAUUGGCCCCGAGGAAUUCCAGCAGAUGCAGGAGGCGGCUCAGCCCCCGCAGCAGCUCGGGGAUCGGCUGCAGAUCCUCAAAUCCCACCAGGACACAGCUUUUGACAAACCCAAAACCAUCCGGAUCUUCACCAAGGACGUGAUCUGGGAGCCCAUAAUUCCCAGAGAUCGGCCCCCGGCCUCGCUCAUCAUCAGCCCUGAGGAAUUCCAGCGGAUCCAGGAGGAGGCUCAAACCCCACGGCAGCUCAGGAAUUGGCUGCAGAUCCUCAAAUCCCACCAGGACGCGGCUUUUGUGGGCAUCUCCUGA